AUGGUGUGGCACCACCAAAUCCUCCACAUCACCUGGGCAUCGGGGCCGGCACCGAGGGAGCCGGAGGCUCCGGAAGAAGCGCGGGUGUGGGAGGAGGCGCCACGACGGAGCAACGGCCGCGAUCGGCGAUCGGCGGCGGCGGAGCCAGCGGUGGCCACAGAGCCAGCAACGGCAGCCGAGCCAGCGACGGCAGCAGAGCACGCGACAGCAAACACAGCGGCGGAGCCCGAAGCGACAGAGGAGCCAGCGGCGGCGAACACGGCAGCGAAGCCGGCGAAGGCAGCGGAGCCAGCGACGGCAGCAGAACACGCGGCAGCAAAAGCGGCGGCAGAGCCGGCAGCGGCGAACACGGCGGCGGAGCCAGCGACGGCAGCAGAACACGCGGCAGCAAAAGCGGCGGCGAAGCCAGCGGCGGCAGCAGAGCCGACGGCAGGGAACGCGGAAGUGGAGCCAGCAUCGAAGCCAGCUGCGGAGCCAGCAGCGGCAGCGGGAGUGAACUCACCUGAGCCAUGGGAGCGGGGACCAUGGCAGUGA